AAUUUGGAAGUAAAAAAAAGAGCAUCAUACCAGCAUCGUUUAGUUGCGUCGCACAUACACGCACAAACACACACCCGAAACCCGCACAGUGAGUCAUGGGGAAGCUACUGAGCCUGCUGGCGCGGGAUGAAUCAACCUGCUGCACGCCAAAAACGUACGAUGUGUUCCUGGACUUUGAGAAUGCGGCCCCAACCGACCUGGAGCGGGAGGUGUACGAGGAGGUGGACCACGUCCUGCGGCAGUCCGAGAUCGUGCUGGACGAAAUCCAGUGCUACAAGGGUGCCGGUAAGGAAAUACGGGAAGCGAUCGCCGACCCAUCGCCCGAAUGCCAGGAGAAGGCCUGGAACAUUGUAAUACCGCUGGUGGAGAAGCUGAAGCGCUGCUACGAACACUCGCUCGAGCUGGAACGUAUCGUACCGAAGCUGCUCGGCCAGCUGGUCGGCGGAAGGUUGAACCCAACGCAGCACCUGGAAACGCAACAGGCCCUCGUGAAGCAGCUGGCCGAAAUACUGGAAUUCGUGCUGAAAUUCGAUGAGUACAAGAUGAAAACCCCCGCGAUACAGAACGACUUCAGCUACUACAGACGCAUCGCCAGCCGGCAGCGACUCGACGCGGCGCACGAGAUGAUCAUCAGCACCGAGCUGGCGAACCGGAUGUCACUGUUCUACGCCCACGCCACCCCCAUGCUCAAGGUGCUGAGCGAAGCGACGUCCAAGUUCGUGCAGGACAACUCCGACAACGUCGACAACACGACCGAAACGCUCGGCACGAUGGCAAAGGUGUGCCUGCGGAUGCUCGAAAACCCAAAACUGCUGGCACAGAUCGAACGCGAAGAGACGCACCUCCUGCUGCUGCGGGUAAUGGUCGGGUUGGUGAUACUGUACGAUCACGUGCAUCCGGUCGGUGCCUUCGCUCGUGGGGCGCACGUGGACGUGAAGGGAUGCGUGCGGCUCCUGCAAGCGCAACCGGCCGUCAAAGCGGAACCACUCCUCAACGCGCUCCGGUACACCACGAAGCACCUGAACGAGGAUAAUACGCCGAAAAACAUUCGCAACCUGCUCGCUGCCUAAGAUCCAGCAGACACACACACACACAACUUGUAACGACUACUGCUAAUAACUACUACUAUUACUACUAUUUUACGAUUAUAAUACAUAAACAAAGACCGCGAACUCUACGAAGCUGCUGCAGCUUUUCUAAAACCAGCGAAAGCAAAAGGGAACUAUCAAACACUUUGUCCUCCUUUUGAUAAGGCCGGUCCAGAAAGUGGGGACUCAAAAAACGCAAAACGAAUUAAAGCGGGAAAACAUUCUGUGACCAAAAACUAUAUGUGCGUGUACCCUCUCUCUCCCAGCCAUCUCUUCAUCACACAAAAACAAUUUUGGACUUUUGCUGGCAAGUGGCUUUUUAUCUUGGGCGGACGAGAGGGGAUGCGUAAAGGGAAAGAAUUUACCUACUUCCUACCAUAAGUAUUUUAUAUACACACGCGUAUACACGGAACACAAUCCUCACACGGACUAGUUUCAUGAUCAAUCUUGAAUCAAAUCUUCUUCCGUCAAAACUACACAAUAACUCGCCUACUUUGCUCAUUUAAGCCAUUUGUUCUUCGUGUUUGUUUCUUUAACAUUUGAUCAAACGAUCUUUCUCAUUCUUGUCAUACGCUGAGACGUUUAUUUUCUUUUAUAUAGUAAUAUUUUUGUUUACAGAGAGUUAACCCGAAAAUGAACCAGAGAAGGAAAACACUGGGCCAACGGAGGUAAAAGAAUAAAAUCGCAUAAAACGCAGUAAUGGGAAACUUCGUACCGGAAGCUUGACGAACGGAUAGCAAAAUGGAAGGGCAAAAAGCGACGCUACGCUGAAAAGGCGAUGGGAAGCGCAAAGAGAGAAACAAAGAUUUUGUUUUAGUAAUUUAAAUCAAACACAAACGCAUAACAAUAUCUACUAGGCAUUUAAGUGUACCAGGAAAGAGGGGCGCGUCAAGGUGGCGCCUUUAAUGAAGUGUAAAUGUAUAGUAUAUAGUAAGUGUAUGGGGGGUGGUCCCUGGUUGACCACCGGUACAGGCGGAACGAGACGAGCUGAAUGAUGGCGAACGUUGAAAGGCGAAAGUGAAGAUAGUAAAAAUAUAACGUGUGAUAAGACGGAGGUUAGACGGAUGCUGAAGUUCGGUUCAGCAGAUCGGGCUGUUGACACAAUGAAACAACCACCAAGCAGGUGGCGAAGGAAGGUGUAAGAAAAUGAACUAUAUGAGGAAUAGAGCGUGAAAGGAAGAGUGUGCAUCGAUGGAGUGUUGUUUGCGUGGUAGAAAAUCGAUUAUAUCGAUGGUGAGAUGGAUUUAAAUGAAAUGCGGAUUAAAUUGUACACCGGUAUGUGUGAAUUGCAAAGUUAGUAACAUAAAUUAAAUCCAUAAAACACGUACGUUCGGCUGAAAUGAAACCUAAAAACGGGAAAAAAGGAACGAAGCAUACACAUUUUAUUCCGGACCCUGAUUUGUGGUUUACGGUUUUGAGACACAAACAUCGAACAUGAUUUCCCUUCCGCACCUCAAGUUCGGAUAGAUUUCGUCAGCGUAAACGUAAGAUGUUGUGUUAAGGAAUUAUUUAACGAGACGUAAAGAAAAAAUGAGAUCAAAACAUAUUCACAAAACACCCCCGAAAUCUAAUCAGUAGAACCGAACGGUAAGAAUUUUUACUCACCGCAUGGUGAACAACAGAAACCAAAACAAAACGAACCCGACUGCAAUAUCAGCAGCACCAGGCAAUUUAGGAUAGAAAACAAGACAAAACAAACAACAAACUGGCGAAUACAACAACGCAACUAAAACCCCACGAGUUAAAAAACACAAAAAAACUUUACCGAAACUGCUGCUACCACGGAAUCAGAUGUGUUCUUCUGUUUUACGACGGAGUAAAACGUAAAAGCGCAAGAGGAAAAUUCAGAAACAAGCCAACACAGUGGCAAAUAUGGAACAAUUCCAGAAACAAAUGGAUCUAAAAGCCACAAUUUGUUAAACACCCGCGAAAAAAUUAACUAAAACUGGAAGCGAUCACGAAACAAACGAGGUUUAAACAUCACACUAAUCACUCGAUCGAAAGGAAAGAAAACCACCAGUGAAAAAUUAAAUGUAAGCACAAACACUGCUGCUUGCAAGAUAUGGAAAGUGUUAAUGUAGUUCUUUUCGUUAUAUCACAAGAGAGACGAAACAAAAAUGAAUUAAAUGUGUAAAAAAUGACUCUGGAAGGUGUUUACCUUUUUUUUUGUAUCAUUUCGGCAAUUCGAUCAAGUUGUUUUCAUUCUCUAGCUAAUACUAUUACAUCUAGCAUAUUUCUGUUUCAAUUUUGAACGAUAAGAAUCGACGAUUAGAAAAUAUGACGUCUAUCAUACAAGAAACACUGAACCGGUUAAGUACAAGAUAGCUAAAUUUAGUCGAACUCGUAUAGAAAACCGCACCGUUGUAACGUUUUAACUGUUGCGUCCCGAUUGCGGAGGGAAUAAUCCUGCUUUAAACUGAAACACGACUUCUUAAGGAUCGUAGUUGAAUUUUGUUAGCUAAAAUACCCGGAACUAGGUGAAAACCAAAAAAGUUGUCACGUGCUGUUACUGGGAGAAACCUUUUUGAACGUAAGCAGAACUCCUUUACUUUCGAUUCCUUUAGACGUUUCAAUUUUCCUUCCUUUGAGAGUUUGUGUUUUAUUUUUUUUUUCACUUGGAUCCGUUCGAGGACUAAGCAAGGUUAGUAAAAUAUACAUGAAUUAUCCGUUAACCGAAUGAAAUUUGUUCCUCGUCUUCGAUGUACGAAAAGGAGAAAUCACUGUUCACAGUUCGUGAUCAUAACGUCGUCUUAAUUAUGGCAGAGUUAUGAAACAGGUUGAGGAUUAUUGUUAUCCGUAGUGGAAUGAAAUCAUCGGGAGGAAAGGAAGGUGACGAAAUGGAUAUGAGAUGAUAGAAAGGAUAAUGGGCAAGUCUAACCCGAAAGGCGAUGAAAAUAUUAGUAAAAGUCCCAGAGAAAGGAUGAAGCAUAAGGUACUGCAUCAAAGAACCGUGAAUAAACGUUGUGAAGGUGAUAAAACAGAAUAAAAUUCAAAUUACUGCAAAUGCUCACACAAAACAGGAGACGAGACUCGAAAGAGGACAGGCACAAGGCAAGGGGAUGGUGAAUACUAGGAUCAUAAAACUUUGUAAACCCUCUCCUGCUUACCGGUAGAGUGAGUGAAAAUGGACUUAUACUUUGAGAAGAAACAGAAAAAAACAUCUAAGGUCGGAUAAAGACGUAAGUGAAAUACUUCUGCGCGAAAGCAGCUUACACACUUACACGGAAGAAGGACAAAAGGAAUAACAAAUCCAACAAUGGAACAAUAAUAAUUUCCAGCGGAAACCAAUUUAGUUAGACGAGAUAACUAGAUGUCGGACUAGGAUCUGCUAGCGUCCCGAUAGAACAGAUAGGAAUGAAAGUGCUGUGUUUGUACGUGUGUGCGAGCGAGUGCUGUUUUGAGGUGAAUAUAUGCUACAGAAAUAAACCAAAAAUUCCAACA